UUUUGUUCUAAACUAUCUUCAAGUGCCACGAAGAAGUAAAAAAUAUAAAUAAAUAAAUGUAUACAUGCCUUAUUUAUAGCCACAAAUUAAAGCAUUACAGCCAGUUAACGAUCGCACCUUAAAAACGCUCCUGUCAACGUGACGUCAUCUGACUGACGGGCGAAGCGGCGAAUCAGAGCACUGAGCGGAGCCGUCGCGUGCGUUGUGCCGUCAGCACGUCGAACAGCUGAUUCCUCGCGCCCUGUGUGCGCCACGCGUGAAGCAAACACGGCAGCGCAGGGUGCGGACCGGGACCAGGAAGGACUCUCCUUCCUCUUGGCAUGAACGCGGCUGGAUUCGGCAGUCGAAACUCGGCGGACGGAGAUGCCGAAGUACUGCUCGGUGCUGAGCUGCAGGAGCGAGUCCGGCGGCGGCGAGAGGAGAAGCUUCUACAAUCUUUAUCUGUUCGGGUGAUGCUGUCAUUCCCGCCUGUCCACCUCCUAGGUUCCCGCUGCACGACCCGGUCCGGCUGCAGGAAUGGCUAAGAAACAUGGGUCGCCACAACUGGACCCCCUCUCGCCAUCAGUACAUCUGCCACCAGCAUUUUACCCCCUCGUGCUUUAAAGUGCGUUGGGGAAUCCGUUACCUGGAGGCGGACGCCGUACCCACGCUCUUUGAGGCGUCUGAAAAAAGGAAGGCUGUGGAUCAGAGUGGUUGGAAUCCAAAGCGGAUCAGAAGCGAGAAGAAUGGCAGCGUGGCGGUUUCGGAUGACGGCACGGCGGCUUUGGACGCUGUAGAAGUGAAAGACGCUGUGCACGCGGUGCAUCUGUAUAAGGUUGCUGUCAGCCUGUCGCAGCAGGUAGAGAUCAGUUCAGUGGAGCCGGCUGGACCUGGACGUUCUCCUGAGACGGACUUGGACUCUUCAGGUGGAAACAUCUCUCUACCUUCAAACCAGACGGCCAAUGAUCCGACCCGCGGUGAGAACGCGGAGGUGGUGCUGAUGACGGACGGCCAAGAAGAGCUCAUGGAUUCCAUCACUGCUGCCAUUUGGAGUCAGGGCGGCACUCUGGUCACGACCGACCCCAUCUUCUGGGAUAAAGUCCCAGAGGUGACUUACAUGGCGGAAGAUUUCCCAGAGGUCCACGGGAGCGAUCCGGUCAUCGCCUACUUUGAGACGAUACCAAACGUGUAUCCAAGUGAGACCUCCACGCAGUUCACGUCGUCCCCGGAGACGGUGCUGUCCUCAGCUCUGAGCUCAGAGCCCAUCUCCUCCACGGUGCCCAUCACCUCCAAACACUCGCCGCCAUCUCCAGCGCCCAUGGUCGUCGCUCUGCAGAGACCGGACGCCGAUGGAGACGACGGCCUGUCAGAGGCAGAAGAUUCAGAGCAGCUUGAUCACCAGCUUGAAGAACACUGCUACCACAAAAACAGCCUGAGUAAGGAGCAGCUGGAGGCCACGGUGGCGGAGCUGCAGAGGAAGGUGAAGGUGCUGCAGCAGCGCCACCGCCGCCACCUGGAGAAGCUGCUGGCGCUGGAGAGCACGGUGGUCCAGCUGCGGCAGAGCAACCUGCUGAACGAGGAGCGCCUGCAGCUGCUGGAGAGGGCGUGUCUGCAGACGGCCGCAGGGGCGCCACAACCUUCUGGGGCCGUGGCCAUCAUCUACGAGGAAGACGGCGCCGCCUUCGUCUACACGCCACUCCACGAUUCACUGUAAACGUGUUUGCGCCAAAUGAAUUCUGCUGCAAACGUCACGGUACCUGACCACGUUUAGUUCCAAUUAACAUGAGACGUUCCUGAAUGUGCAGAACCGUCUGCUGUCCGUUUUCGCACAAACAGAAAGGAUUGAUUUAAAAAAAAAAGACAAAUGAAUGUUUUAUUUGUAAUUUAUAGUUUGAUUUGUUCUCCCGUCAAUUUUCUGACUCAAUAAAGAAUUUUUGUUUGCAAAAAAAUAAAUCAAUAAAAACGUGUA